AUGACAACAAGCAAGUCAGCAAUGUUUAACGCGAAAGGAGUGUCUAAAAGGAAAACGGAAAUUGCUCUAAUCAACGGAUACUAUAGUGGGAGCAAAGUUCAAGUCCAAUCUCGGUCUCCUUGUAUAAAUGCACCAUGUCAGAACGGAGGCUCUUUUGUUCCGAACUACAAUGACGACUCAUACAGAUGCCUUUGCAGAAUUGGAUUUGAUGGGGAUCAUUGCCAAAUUAGCUGCCGUGUGAACUGGACGUUGUUCAAUAGCCACUGCUACAAGUAUUUCCAGGACCAGUUAAGAGGGUAUUCUGAAGCCAAAGCCCAAUGCGAAACAUUUGGGGCUUCCUUGGCGACAAUACAUUCCAAAGAAGAAAGUGAUUAUCUGUGGUCACUUUUCUCCCAAAGUGGUCAUAACGUCUGGGUUGGAGGAAACGACGAGGCAGUGGACGGCUCUUGGGUCUGGGAGGACGGGAUGGCGUGGGGCGGGUUCACAUUGUGGGAUUCUGUUGAACCUAACGGAGGAUCAUCUGAGAAUUGUCUUGAAAUACAAAGCAAAAAUGGCAAAUGGAACGACACCCCUUGCACUCAAUUACGCUAUUACAUUUGCAAAAAUUGACAUAUCCAUUACCAUCGUAAUUUCGAUGCACAGUAGUAAGUGCCACGCACACAUUUUACUUAACUGAUUGAAAAUCGUCCAGUGUUGAUAUUUCUUUCCAACUGUUCGCUCAAGCCAAAACACUUUGCAAAAUAGCCGGGCCAUACUAAAUCUAUUUCAACACAGUCACUAACUCUCUAGUGGUGGAUAAAGUUAGAGAAAGGCCAUUACAAUGUUUUUUAACCGUUAUAUCGUGAUGCUUUUGUUUGCAGUUGU